AAAACAGUAUUCUCUUUGUGUUGCUCUCAGCACAGACCCACGGCUCCGCCGCUCUGGGCAUUUUUCAUUCCAAACUGUCAGAAUGCUGUUGAAGACCUUCUUUACUUGUAUUGUCCUCGCAUGCUUGCUCUUGCCAGGCCUCGGUCUCGAGGGUGAAAAGAGGAAGGCCAAACGGGUGAAGGCAAGCCAAACGGGGAAAGAGGUGGGGCCCAACAAGAGAGCCAAAGAGGGGACAGCUCACAGAAACGGCACCGAGGCUGGAGGUGUCAAAGUGGGCAGAGGGCCGAGCAACGACGCCACCUGCACCAGCGUGGGCGGAAUCUGCCAGCGCAAGACGUACAUCUGCCAGGGCAGGUACCUGAAGGACAGGUGCACAGGAUCCGGGACCCGCGAGUGCUGCAUGUCAGGCUCAGGUGCAUGGGAUGCCCUGUGUUCUGGCCACCAUCAGAACAGAAUAAGGGGCUGUGACAAGUUCGGCUGUGGGGCCUUCAACUCUAAAAGGGGAGGUAAAAUCCACAAGGCAGUGGACGUGGUGUGUGACGAUUACUCUUUCGUCAACGCCCCCUUUUCAGGGAUUUUGGGGGGACCAGCUAGCCGGGUGGGGGACGACGGGGGGGUCCAGUACGAUGGAGUUAAGCUCUCCAAUUCAGAGUACUGCGUGAAGAUCUUCAACAUGCGGCCCUACCGCUACCUGGGAGGGAUCUCGCGGGGGGAGGCGCUGGGGUACCUACUCCCUCUUCAGGAGAGGUUCUCCGGCAUCACCUCCCACCUGGAGCUGCAGAUGUGUGACCGCUCCGACCCCUCGACCUUCAUCUGAGGACGUGCCACCCUUCAUGUUACACCCCAAAAUACCUGAAUACUUAUCCACAACCCUGUAACCAUUCAACCCUCCAACGCCUAUAUCCAUAAACAUUUUUCUAAUGUCUGUGUACACCUAAACAAUAUUCUAACAUCACUGUACUCAUAAAUAUUAACCUAUCAUCUCUGUGUAACACCUUGUAUGCCUAAAUAGACUUCUA